CAAAUGUAUGCUAAAACUUGAUGUGUGUUCAAUUGUGCAUAUAUUCAUCAUUUGGUUAGCAUAAUUUUGACUUUUCAAGUUAGUAUAACAAACAACAUAGAAACAUUGAAAAACUUCGAAUAUUAUUGAUGUAUGCUUACAUUACUUUUUUUUCUCUUAAAAAUAUAUAUUUCUAUCAAAUACAAUUUAGUUAGUUUUUCUCUAGUGUAUUGAUUACACACUGAUCAUUUUUCACGAUUCAGCUUGAUUCAUUUUUUUUGUUGUUGUUGUGAAAAUACACAAAAUGGCAUUCGGUAAAGCUGUUGUAAAAAAUGCUGAUAUGGAACCUGUAAUGCAAGAAGAUGCUGUACAAAUAGCUGCUAUAGCAAGAGAAAAAUAUGAAGUGGAUAAAGAUAUUGCAACUUAUGUGAAACAACAUUUUGACAAAAAAUAUGGACGUACAUGGCAUUGUAUAGUUGGUAAACAGUAUGGAAGUGAUGUUUCACAUGAAGAACGAUCUUUCAUAUAUUUUUUCCUUGGAGAUCGUGCUAUUUUGUUGUAUAAAUCAGGAUGAUUGAACAAUAUUUCAAAAUUGUGACAAACCAUUAAUGGUUUUUGUUGAAAAAUACCGAUGUUAUGAAAAGAAACAACUUUUCAACUGUUUUUUUUUUUCCAAUCGCAACAAUGCAUGAAUAGCGUAAUUUAUUUCAUUUACUAUGGACUUUAUUAAUCUUGAUUUAAAAAAAAAAACAAUUGAUCAUGUUCUACAUUGAUAAAAUAUCAUUUUAAAUACUAAUUCUAAUAUUAAUAACCAUUGCAAACACUCAUUCUUACAAUUGUCCUUUAUAUUGUUAUCUUUACAAUCAAUAAAUUGAUCAAUGAAUUGUUGAAUUUGUUUUUAUAGUUUAAUGAUUGUAAACCAUUGGGA